CUUGUACGCACCAACGGAACAUAAGACAGGGCCCAGGACAGGGCCCCGACUCUGCAACAUCAUUCUUCCAAUCCUCUCGCGGCAGUAGAAGCAGAGGCAUUUAGCCAUCAUGGCUUCAGACUCAGAUGAUUCGGGCUUUGAUGAUGAGGAGGGCGCUAUGACUUUUGUGCUCCACAACGCGGCUGAGUCCGGAGACGCUGCCGCGCUGGAGCGCAUGCUCGGGCUCUCAGGGGAAUCCGGCGUGCCCAUGCCCGUGGGACUGCUGUUCCGGCGCCUGGUCAACUUCGCGGAUAGCAACGAGUGCACGCCGCUGCACAUCGCCAUCAUAAACGGCAACCCCAAAUGCGUGGAGGCGCUGAUUAGGGGCGGGGCCUCGCCUACCAAGCUGUGCGACGGCAACCCGCCCCUUGCCCUGGCGGUGUGCCUGGGCUUGAGUGGCGUGCCGGGCCGCGCGGCGGCGGCGGAGGGCUGCGUGCGGGCGUUGCUGGCGGCGGGCGUGGACCCGCAGGACAAGGACGACGGCGGCCGCACCGCUCUGCACUGGGCCGCCGCCACCGGCCGUACGGAACUGGUGGCGGCGCUGCUGACGGCGGCGGCGGCGGCGCAGCGGAACAAGCUGGCGGCGUCGGCGUCAGACCCGCACGUCCUGCACAGCCUGGCAGCGGCGGCAGCGGCGGCGGCGGCAGCAGCGGCAGCGGGAGGGGAUGGUGGGGUGGCUGGAAGCGGGGCGGCGCAGGCGGCGCCGGAGCGGCCGGAGCACAUCCUAGCAGCGGCGGACCAUGACGGCCUGACGCCGCUGCACGUGGCGGCCAAGUACGGCCACCCCUCCGUCGUGGCGCAGCUCAUUCAGGCCGCGGCGGAGGCAGGCGACGCCGUCGCCGCCGCGGCGGCAGCCGAGGCCGUCCGCGCCGCCGAGGCGCACGCCAAGGCCGUUGCGGCGGCGGCCGCGGCCGCCGCAGCCGCCGCCAAGGCGGCGGAACAGGCCGCGGCCGCGGCGGCGGCUGCCACUGGCGCUGAAGGCGCUGCGGCGGCGCCGCCGCCGAAGCCGAUGGCGCCGCCGGUGCCGCCGCCGCCGCCUCCGGCGCCGUCGGCGGCUCAGCUGGAAUCUCUGAUGCCGCUGACGGACCCGGCGUCACUGCUGAGGGCGAAGACCAAGCAGGACGGCCACACGCCGCUGCACAUGGCGGCGAUUGCGGGGCGUGGCGGCGCGGCGGCGGCGCUGCUGGCGGCGGCGGGCGGGCCACGUGGCGGCGGCGCCAAGGCGGCGCUGGCAGUGGCGGACAAGAAGGGUCGGAACGCGGCGGAGCUGGCCCGGCGGCGAGGACACACGGCCCUAGCGGCGGCGCUGGAGUCUGCCUCAUCAGGACAGCCCUUCGAGCCGCCCGCGUCGCCUUCACCCUCCGCCCCCGCCUCCUCCGCCCCCACCUCCUCCGCCCCCACCCCCUCCUCCACCUCCUCCGCCCCCACCUACCUGCUGGCUCCUCCCGACUGCCUGCUGCACCGCACCGCACCCGAGCCCAUCACUCGCUCGGGUCCGGAGCCGCCGCCGGAGAACGUCAACCGCCUGCACGUGCUCACCAGGCCAGAGACGGGCAUCUUGUACAAUGCUGAGUUCGGCGGGCUGCACUGGCGUACAGAGGGCAUCCCACAGGCCGCCAUGAUUGACGUGCUCAAGUGUCACGAGUGGUCGUACGUGCGUGGAGUCAUUCAGGCCUGCGAGGCGGUGGCCGACUCGCCCGCCUCCGUGGGCAGCCUGGACCCGGACACCGCCAUCAGCCGCGGCACCUGGCGGGCGGCGCUGGCGGCGGCGGGGGCGGUGUGCGCGGCCGUGGACGACGUCAUGAGCGGCAGGGCUCGCAACGCCUUCUGCGCGGUGCGGCCGCCGGGCCACCACGCCGGCCCCACGGGCGUGGUCACCAACCCCAACGACCCGCACGGCAGCCACGGCUUCUGCCUGCUGUCCAACGUGGCCAUCGGCGCCGCAUACGCCAUGGCCGGUUACCGGCGAGAGGUCCGACGGGUGGCCAUUGUGGACUUUGACGUGCACCACGGCAAUGGCACGCAGGCCUGCGUCAUCAACACCUCGCCCUCGGUGCGCUCGCUGCCGCUGCGCACGCCCUACUCGGAGGGCGUGCAGCGCUUCCCGCUGUACAAGCCUUGGCUGGGCGACGGUGACGCCCACAACAUCUUCUUCGCAAGUGUGCAAGGCUUCGGCCGCCGCGGCGGCGUGGGCUGGUUCUACCCGGGCUCUGGCGCAACCGCCGACAGCGUUAUUGCAGAAAAGCUGGCGCCGCCGCCCGGCACCACCACCAUCGCCGCCCCUGGCGCCACCGAGAGCGUCGACCUCGACGCAGCGCUACUGGCGGCGGCGUCAGCCGCCGCGCCGCCGCCGCCGCCGCCGCCGCUGCCGCCAGCGGCCGACGCUGCCGCGUCAGCGGCAGACGCCGGCGGCGCCGCCAUGCCGGACUGCGCUGGCGGCGCUGGCGCCGUGCCGUCUUCCUCGCACCCUGCCGCCGCGCUAAACGGCGGCGGCGGUGCUGGCGGCCAGGUGUUGCCUGAGGACCCGGACGGCGAGUUCAAGGGCAGCUACGACGUGACGGUGUUGGGCGGCCCGCGGGUCGUCAACGUGGGCAUCCCGGGGCCGGGCGGCAAGCCGCGCAUGUGGCGGCGAGCCUGGCGCGACAAGAUCCUGCCGGCGCUCAUGAACUUCAGGCCCGACCUCAUCCUGGUGUCUGCGGGCUUUGACGCGCACAAGAAGGAGGACCUCAACCUGCGAUACGUGGGCGUGACGGAGGCCGACUACGAGUGGCUGACGGGGCAGCUGGUGGAGGUGGCCAACGCCUGCUGCGGCGGGCGGCUGGUGUCGGUGCUGGAGGGCGGGUACAACCUGAGGGGCGGGCCGCUGGGCAGCGCCUUCGCCAGGAGUGUGGCCGCGCACGUGCGCGGCCUGGCCUCCCCCAACACCGCACCGUAUGACCCCGCGGAGGCGGAGAGCGAGCGGGCGGCGGAGAGGGCGGUUGAGGCGCGCAAGGCCGCGCGCGCGGCGGCGCUGUCAGCAGGCAUGACGGCUGCCCACCUGGCGACGCCGCUGCCCACACCCCGCGGCAGCGGGCCGGCGCCGUCGCUACCCUCCGCCGCCUCCCCCGCGGGCACGACGGCAGCAGCGGCGGCACCCGGCGGCAGCGGCCCUGCACCCAUGGACACAGACCUCCCGCCGGCGGCCUCGGCGGAACAGGCGCCCGGAAACGGCGCGGCAAGCGCCAGCGCAGCAGCCACGCCGGCGCCAGCGCCGGUGGCGUCGACGCCCGCAGCAGCAGGCAACGGCAAGGCUGGCGGCACCAUUGACGACGAGCCGUCAGCGAAGCGCCGCCGGCGGCCGCCCGUGGACUAUGCAGCGUUGAAUGCGCAGCUGGAGCGGGAGCGGCAGGAGGCGCUUGCGGCGGCGACUGGCGGCGGGGCGGCGGCUGGCGGCAAGUAGCCGGCGGCGGGCAGCUGGUGAGCUAGCGUGUUGUGACCCAGCAGCAGGGCGUUUGGUUGGUUUGGCCGAUUGCCCGGAGGCGCUUUGGCCGUAGCAGCCCAGGAGGUUAGGCUACGCGGGCUGCUGCGUGUGUGCAUGCCCCGAGUGGCUGGCAGAUGCGGGUUGCAGGCUAUGCCAGGCCAGGCAUGGUCCGUGCUUGGCCAGGCUACUGGAGCCGAACAGAAAGGGGUGGCGUGGGAGGUUGGGCGGGGUCACGGCGCCUCUUGCCCGGGCCUCCGCUUGGGCUUCUGGUGUGGAUGAGGAGGCGAGAGUAUGGCUAGGUGUGUGUGAUGGGACAGGGUUUAGGCAGGUUGGCGAGGUCCCGUAGGGUGCGAGAGUAUGGCUAGGGGUCCGGCAUCGGAUUCUACGGGCGCGGAGUGCGGGCUGCGUGCAUGUUGAGCCCGCCGGCCUGGCUCGGCGGCUGGCCCCGUCCAGCCUGGUACGAGCCCGGCCUGUUGACUACCGUAUCAAAUUUGAAGUCUAUCGGGUACAAUACGUGCACCGUAUCCACGCGGUGCGGUAGUGGGUUCCGCUCGGACUCAUUGAUUGCGUGCGGAGCGAGUUGCGCUAGGCCGUUCAUGCCAGACGCACGGUCUAGUCUAGUACCCGGUCAAUCCCGACCCCUGUCUCCCCUCUGUAAAGUCAUAUGCUU